AUUCUUCAAUCUCAUAUUCCAAUGUCAGAUCUCCAAAGGAACACCAAUAACGGCCACCAGCCCAGCCGCCUGCAGCGCCGGGCCCCUUCCUCCCUCACCAUAAACCGCGCCGUCCAAUGGAACGUCGCCAUCCCCCUCCUCUCGCCUCUCGCCUCCUCGCCGCCGCCGAUAGAGCUCAAGCCUCCGCAGGACCCGCCGCAGCGCGAGCCCGAGAAGGUCACGGCGUCGUUUAAAAACUGGCAGCACCCCGCCGCCCCCUUCUGCUACGAGCCGCCUCCCAUGGUGCCGCCCUUUGUGCCCGUAUAGCCACCCUAUAAUAGAUACUAAACCAAGACACUUCAUACUCAUAGGAUGCAAUCUAAUUAGACACAAUCAAGAUCUAACGCCGCUCUAUGUUCUCGGGGAAAGCCUUUGCCUCAUUUUUGCAUACUGGGGUCAUCACUCAUCAUCAACAUGCACCCCUCUAUGUUUCUUUUUUUCUUUUUUCUACCUUUUCCCCUCUUUUACUUUAGGGCUUAAAUUAAAUUGCCUCAUAGGAACACGUAUCUUUAUCUUUUCUUCUUCAUCCUCGGUUUUUGCACAAUCUGUUUCUCUUCAUUGGAUUGUAAAAUAAUUUCAACAGGGAAAUAAAAUUAUAUACUACCGUUAUUUUUUACUCACAA